AUGACGUCGCCUUACCCAAAAUCAACUUCAUUCUCGCCCUCCGUUGCCUCCGACAUGACUUCUGCGCCCAACAGAGCUGUCUCCGAUUUGCCCCAGGCCCAGGUAGACGCAAUCAUCCGCACAAAGCGCAAGGCCCGCGAGCCCAAAGCCUGCUAUCCAUGCCAUGCACGCAAGGUUAAAUGCGAUCGCAAUCUGCCGUGCGACGGGUGCGUCAAGCGCGAUCAUGCAGACCUUUGCUCCUACGAACGCCCUUCCAAGAAACGAUCGCAAGCCUUUCAAGAUAGCGCUGCCCCUAGCGCAUCAACGGCACCCAUACCUGAAUAUUCAACAGCAUAUGCAUACGAUGAAGCGCCAGAAGUGAAACAUGAGCCGACCUUGAGUCGACCGCACAUUCCCGCUACAGGUGGCGGUGGACGAGUUUCAAUCGCCCGCGAGGAAUGGGAUAAUGUGCGCAACAGAUUGCAAGAAAUGGAAUCUACCAUUUCCUCCCUUAGAGUUGGGUUGGAGAGGGCGGAAGAUGGUCUCCCGGCCUCCAUGGACACCGCAAGCGUGCCGAGUCCUGAUGCGAGUUCCCGUUCGAAGUGUGCCUCACCGGAACGCGAGGGUAUCCACGCUGCCAAUACUCUAGGCAAAGGCACUGUCCAUCUAGGAUCUCGCUCUGUUCUGGCUUACAUUCUGAACAACCAGUCCGGGUCUGAUCAACUUCAAGCACUUUUGGAAGGAGGAAUCCUGCCGAAGCUCGGUUUGGACAAUGAGUCUGCAACCUAUCCAUUUGUUGAUCUAUGGUCGUCUGAUAUGUCAACAUUUGAUAUCACUGCCGUCUGCAGCGCCCUUCCCAGUGACCAGCAGUGCCGAGAGUUAUUCUACUACUACAAGGACAUUUCGGGUGCCAUCUAUCCUGUUUUAGAAGAUAUCUUUGAGUUUGAGAACACACUCGAGCUUCUACUGGGGACAAGAACCUCCAUCGGUGGCGAGUACGUCGCUAAUGCAGAUGAAGCACAAAAGCCUCUUGGUGUGAGCAUUGCGUACCUGGGACUACUAUUCGCCAUCCUUGCCUCUGGAUGCCAGUCGUCCGAUUAUGGGAGCAAGGAAAGGGAAUUGACCUCGCAAGUCUAUGUGUGCUGCUCCUACCAGUGCCUCCGUAUGACCAAUUUUCUCUCCCAGCCCACAAUAGAGGCAAUCCAAACUCUCCUGGUGAUAGGGAACGUUUUGUCAUACAACAUGAACCCCGGAAUUUCUUAUGUCUUGCUUGGCAUGACUCUCCGCAUGGGCUUGGCACUUGGUCUCCAUGUGGAGUCAAGUCGAUUCUCGUCAGCUGAACGAUAUCGCCGACGACAUGUCUGGUGGUCCAUGGCAUGGCAAGACAGCCAUUUUUCGCUCUCCUACGAUCGUCCUUCCACCACUGCAGUGAGCCAACCAGAUAUCGCUUACAAGGAUGGCUCAAAACCCGGUGAUUUAUCUUAUUUUGAGACUCUCUCUCGUGUCAUCUCUCUUGCACUAGAGGUUGUCCGCAUUCGCAUGUUGAGCCCACACGCACAGAUAAGCUUGGAAAGUAUACAAGUCUAUAAGGAACGCAUCCAGAAGAUUAUGGUAGAGGCAAAACCGUACUUGCGAGACGCAAGAAAUUGUUCUACGUCUACGGAGCAUCUGGAGCGAGUUGUGUUGAAAUUGCAUUCUUCUUAUUUCGCCUCUGAGCUCUGCCGGCCAGCGCUCAAACCCAUGGCUGAUUUGAGUGACGCCAGCGCAGCCAGCAUGCGCGAAAAUUGCGUGAUGAAUCUGAUGACAACCGUUGAAGCCUACAUUGAAAUGCACAAUAUCAGCUCCCACGCCGCUCGUUCCUGGAUCGCAUUGCAGCGGGCGAUCAGCUCCGCAUUCCUGCUUGCUGUCAUUGAUGAGGCGAAAGCGGACCCGAAUGUAUGGAACCUUCUCCAUUCACUCGAAAGUAUCAUUGCCCAAAGAGCGAGCACAGAGCGAGCCUAUGAUUCUACUGAGUCCCCCAAUGUGGCCAGUAUGACCUCGCCGCCCCAAACCCUUGGUACUUACGACCCAAUCACGGGCACCACGAACCCCCCAGGCCCCAUCGCUCCGGUGGAUCCAACUUCUCCGGGUGGGAUACCCCCUGAUACACAAACGCAGUGGGCCAAGUCGCUCGCGAAAACCCAUCGUGCUUUGCAAAAACUUCUUGCCGCAUUCGGGAAUCCCAACACGCGCCCUUCAAUAGGACGUAAUGGUACGCCCGUGUACCCCACUACUCAUCCUAACCUCAACCCGACUUCCGCUUCCAUGGGAACGCUUGCUCCUGGGUCAGCAACCCUGACCCCCAGCGUUGGUUCUCUUCCGCCUCCUACACCAGAAAGCUCUGGGAGUGGUGAAUGGUCAAUGCCCAAUAUACUGGAUCGCGCAGCUGAGUAUAUCCAUCCACCCCUGUGGGGCUAG